GAAUAAUGAAAAUUUCAAAAAGCAAUGCAUCGACAAGUGUAACGUCACCAGUCGGCAAUAACCAAUAAUUACAUCAACACGAUCUUUAAUCAGCCAACAGCCAACAAUUUAAAUAUGACUUCCAACUCACCACCACCACAAAGCGGCUCGCGGCCCGAUAAUACAACAUCUCCAUCGCCUUUUCGUUCGCUGCUAUCCAGUCCACUGCUGAUACGACAACGUGCCACCAUCGCAGCACGCACAUCGUCCGCCACUUCAUCCGUUUCAUCGCCCGCGUCUCCACAGCCACCGCCACCACGUCCCGCUUCCGUGUUACCAAGUUUUCUUGGCAGUCCGCUCACACCACCGCCGCACCACCACACCUCCGCAGCCGCAGCGGCAGCAAGUCAAAGUGACGAUAGCGAUGCGGUGCGCGAACAAAAUCCUAAGCGCCGUGAAUCAGCCACCCCGCCUGCAUGCUCUUCGACCGCACGAACACCAACACCCGGCGGCGAAACGAUUGGUGGUGGACGCAUACCCUCGCCCGGUGGCACAAGUGCGAUCGGCGGUGGCGCGCCGGCUAUUUCGCCGCAUUCAUCGAACGGUUCCACCGUAACAGUGCCGCAACAAUUUUGCCUGCGUUGGAACAACUACCAAAGUAAUUUGACGAGCGUUUUCGAUCAGCUUCUACAAACCGAAUCAUUUGUGGAUGUGACGUUGGCCUGUGACGGGCACUCGAUUAAGGCGCAUAAGAUGAUACUCUCCGCGUGCUCGCCCUACUUUCAGAUGCUCUUUUCGGACACUCCAUGUCAGCAUCCCAUAGUAAUAAUGCGUGAUGUUAACUGGUCUGAUCUCAAAGCGAUCGUGGAGUUCAUGUAUCGGGGAGAGAUCAAUGUAAGUCAAGAUCAAAUUGGACCACUCUUGCGCAUAGCGGAAAUGCUCAAAGUGCGCGGGUUGGCAGAUGUUAGCGCGGGAAGUGUUUCUGCAGAGGAAUCAGCGGCCGAACGUCUACUUAAAGAGCUGCACUCUCCUUCCAAGUCUACCUCACCCAAAAGAGGUGGCGGCAGCACCUCACCCUGCUCGAAACGUGAACGGAAGGAUUAUGCUGAUACGCUUGGAGAUAGCGAUGAGCCGCUUGGCUAUCUGGAUGCAGAGAAGAAGCUGCGUUUGGGUCGCACGGAUUGGGAUUUCAGUGCGGCGACCAGCGGGAGCACCAGUGAAAACCUCGGCAGCAGCGCCAGUAGCAACCUCGAACUUCGCCUCUCGCCACUGCACCUAUCACACCAACAGCAGCAGCAGCACCAGCAGCUACAACAACAAUCGCGUCAUGUGCGUAAGCGGCGUUGGCCAUCAGCCGACAUGAUCUUCAAUCCGCCACCAAGUCCCUUAAGUGGACUAAUUGCCGCAGAACGCGCCGAAAGGGAACGUGAACGCGACCGUGAGCGAGAACGUGACCGCGACUGCACUUUAAUAACACCACCUCCAUCAACAUCUGCCGCCGGCGGUGCACCCCCUUCCAGUGGUGCGCAGUCCAGCCGCAGUACGGCGCGUCUGACACCCUCUCUACUGGAGACCACAACGCACCUCGACCUGGCCUCGCCAUCAACGACACCAGCACCCUCACUAUUGCGUCCAAUGCGCACACCACCCGGCGUUGCGCAGCCACAUCUACCGUCGCAUCAACAGUCGCAACAGCAACAGCCACAUACGCACCACCAACAGCAGUCUCCCCACUUGUCUGGGCAAAUGCAAUCUCAAGCACCGUCGCAUCUCCUGCAUUCACAUCGCGCAUCGCCAGCCUCAUCAGCGCCUGCGACGCCUACACACCCGUCCAGCUUGCUUAGUGGGCAGAUGACACCGACAUCGGCCGGCAUGGGCGCCAGUAGUGGCAGUGGUGUGGGCGGCCGCUCAGAGCAGGGCGUUGGCGCCGGUGACUCGCGAUUUGCGCUGGGCUCACAAGCGGCUGCAAUGGCGGCCGCCGUAGCUGCGCAGAUGGAUUUAGGUGGCAUGGGUAUGCAGCAUGCAACAGGUCCACCCACAACACAUGGGCCACAUCAUACACCUUCGCUAGCCGAUGAUCUGGAAAUAAAGCCAGGCAUUGCGGAAAUGAUACGUGAGGAAGAGCGGCAAGAGCAACUACAACAACAACAACAACAGCCGCCUGUUUGUAGAAGACGCCGCCACAUAAUGAAGCACUUUGCCUUGUUUGGCUUUGCUGUUGCCGCUGUGUUGCAAAUGCAAUCGAAUAAGCGGCUGCAAGACGCCAUGCAUCAUGCUAUCCUACUUACAUAG